UUUUGUGAAUGUGCACGUGACGUUACUAAGUAUAUGUACACGUGACAUGUUGUUUACGUCUCAUGUAUUGUCCAGUGGAAUGUGUGGUAUGUGGCCGAACUAGUCCGACGUGACAUGGACUUCAACGUGAACGCAACUCAGCACUCGUAACACCUGCAUUUGUACUGCAUGCUAAUUGCGUUCUCCACACCUGUUUACGUCACUUGCUUUGGUUUUCUUUCUAUCUGUCUCUCUCUGUCCUGGCACUCUACUGCUGGACGUCAGCGCGAGCGGUCCAGCAAGAUCAUAUAUCAUACACAUAUACUAUACGUAUCACUUCGUAUGGUGCGGGGCCAGUGAAGCCUGUUACGACCUUACGGACAACCUUGCUGACAGCCAGAUUUCACGAUAAAUCUGUUGGUUUCCAGAGACAUGGAUAUCGAAAAUCUGACAAAACUACUUGGAAAAGAACUGCAGAAAGGCGAUGAUAUCGUUCCUAUAGAGGAAGCACUUAAAGGAAAAUCGACCAUAUGUCUAUACUUUUCUGCCCAUUGGUGUCCGCCAUGCAAAAAGUUUACUCCAGUCUUGGCUGGUGUUUACGGAGAAAAGAAAGAUGAAGAUGUUGAAAUCGUGUUUAUUAGCUCUGACGGAGAUGAAGCCGACUUCAACAAAUACUUCAAAGAAAUGCCCUGGUGUGCAGUGCCAUUUAAAAUGUUACAGACGAUUAAGCCUACAAUAAGCGAGAUGUACCAUGUAAGCGGCAUUCCUAAACUAGUUUUCCUCAAACAAGAUGGUAGUGUUGACGAAGAAGGAAGAAAACACGUACAGCAAGAGAAACAUCUUCAUUUCAAAUGAAAACAAGUGGAUUUAAAUCAUUUGGCAUGGAUUCAAAGAUCGGUCACGUGGACAAAUCGCCAACAUUAUCAAUAUAUUUAUUUAUAUAUAUAUAACCAUGAUACUGAUUUCAGAAGGAAAAGCAAUAUAUUAUUGCAAUCAGUGCAUUUUGCAAUAUAGCUUCAGUUAAAUUGUUUCUCAGUGAUAAAUUGUUAAGUUGAUUCUUUCUCAGUGUAACGUGUUAACAGCAUCGAUUAAAAUGUGAUCCAUCUGAAAAAUGUU